AUGGUCAGAAUGGGGCCAGAUGUGCCCCUUCUUAAUGAGUACAAGCAGGAGUUCUUCUGGAAGCGUUUCCCACAGACAGUGUUGGGGGGUCCACGCUUCAAGUUGGGCUACUGUGCCCCACCAUAUGUGUAUGUCAAUCAGGCAGUCUUGUUCUUGACACCAUGGCUUUUUGGGGGCAUUGGUACUCUACUCUGCCAGCUGCAGCUGCUUCAGGAGCUCCACGCCACAGUGCUGUCUGGUAUGCUGAUGUUCGGGGCUGCAGUGGGUGUCCAGGCCCUGGCAUUGUAUGCUGCUCGAAGGAGUGGAACAGUGGAGAGACUUGGUGCACCCAACAUCCUGGUUGAUGAAGAGGAAGUGGAAUUCACCCAGUGUGUCAGCCCAGAGACAGUCCGAUUUAUUGCCCCUGGAAAGAGGUUUGGGCUGAAUGUGGUGCUGCAUACAGUGCUAGCUGGAGUGCUCUGUGGCUUUGGGACAUGGUAUGUAUUCCUUGGCAGACUGACUGCUCUCUACGGCAACAUUGGUGUAUCCCUGGUCGUCUUUGUGCUGAGUUGGGUGACACUGUGUAUAGCUGAGUAUUCCCUCAUUGUGAAUACCGCCACAGAGACGGCCACUUUCCAUGCACAGGAUACUUAUGAGAUCACCCCACUCACCCGGCCCCUCUACAUUUUUAUUUUCAUUGCUGUGGACUUGGCUGUUAGGUUCUCAGGCCCAGUCCCUGAUCUCCAACUGGCCAGCCAGGUUCUCCAUGUGCUGUUCCUCUUCCUACCUCUGUUGUGGGCGCUAGGUAUACUGCCUCCCUUGGAUGCCCUGCUCCUCUGGGGCAUGGAGCAGGUGCUCGUGUUUGGCUUAGGAGGCUCGCCCAUGUCCAGCAACCUCAGACUGCUGUCAAUGUUUGGUGCAUCUGCCUGCGUAGCUGUUUGUAAUUACUUCAUCCCGUCAACGCUGGGUGUGGUUUUCUUCUCCAUCUCUAUGGGAUUUCUGAUGAGUCUGGACCUGGGCCAGAUUGGCACACUCUGUAGAGGUCCCAGGGCAUCCUUUGGGGACCGUGGAUUUCGCAGAGGGGGGUCACCACCUCCUCCUCCUAGUUCCUUUGGCUGGAAUCUGGGCUGCAGGGAGCUGCUGUUAUAUUUGAGCCUGCUGCUGGUGGCGAUGACAGAGGCAGGGCUGUUGCAUCACUUCCUUGGUUCAGCUCAGUCCCAGAGCUGGGUUAUGGGACCCCAGGCUCCUGUCAGCUACCUCCUCCUCGUACUCUUCUGCCUCUGCUGGGCCCUCAGAGAGAUCCAGGGGGCCUAUGUAUUUGGAGGGGUGCUCCUCAAUCCCCUGUACCCUAAAGGCAUGUCCAGUGUGCAGACUUUCAAUCAGAGGAACAGAGGAUUAUACGUUGCUGCAGCAAUCAGAAGAGUCCUUCUUUAUCUUGUGUCUCCAUUUGCAAUGAUUGCUUUCCUGUCUAUGGACAAAUCUCUGCAGCUGCUCCACAGUGCUUCUCUCAGUGUGGGAUUCACACGUGCUUUUAGAGUGGUGUGGCAGAGUUCAGAGGAUGCUCUGCUACAAAUGGUGGUGGUGGUCUUAGUGCGGUUUGCAGCUGGAAACAACAUGCUGCCAGGGUGGGACAACCUGGGCACUGGAGUUCAGCUUCUUCUGGUGGGCCUCCUAAUUGACAGACUGACCCAGUUCCUUGCCAAGCUAAAGUUCACCCUGACUGUGUUGGUGACAUCUUGGACAGAGAAGAAGCAGCGCCGUCAGUCAGCUGGAACUCUCUUGGCUGUGAACGCCACCCUAUGCCCACUGCUGCUGGCGGUGGUAACCCUGUCUGCCCUUCUCUCUGCCCCUCUGCUGCCCCUUUUCACCCUGCCUAUCUUCCUGGUGGGGUUCCCCAGGCCUCAGCGCAGUUGGCCAGGCCCCGUAGGUACUGCCUGUCCCUGCCCGGACUCAAUAUUCUACCAGCAGAUGAGCGGAAGUCUGGCCUCUGCUCUGAGGACAGCCUUUGCAAGAGGGUCACUGGGUUCUUUAGCCCCAGGCUCUCAUUUUCUUGGCCGCUUUCAGGACCGUAUGGUUUGGAUAAUGAUCCUGGAGAGAGGAUAUGGCUACUGUACAGUCAACAUUAAGGGUCUGGAGCUACAGGAGACGUCUUGCCACACAGUGGAGGCACGGAGGGUGGACGAGGUGUUCGAGGCCGCCUUUGAGCGCCCUGAGAGGCUUGGCUUCACCCAGGGCUUUAACAUGCACUGGGGGAAUGCCCUCACACCUUGUGCUGCUCUUUCAGUGCGAGUCUACUCGGAUGCCCGAAAUGUGCUUUCUGGCAUCAUCGACUCUCAUGACAACUUGAGGAAACUUCAGGAUGACUUUUUGAAAGCACUGGUCUGGUUGCUCCUCCGAUAUUGUGUGCAGAAGCAUAAAGGAUUUCUAUGGAGCAGUGAAGAGGGGUCAGGGGUUGGAGGCAGGAAGUCUCAGUCUUCGCAGUUGGCCCAGACCACUUGUAACCAGCCACCGGAGGCUGUCAUAGUGGAAUCCAAUGUGUCUUCUCUAAGGUUCAGACAGGACAGCUCCAGUUUGACCUCCUUUGGUGAUUGGUCAGAUGAGGAUGACUUAUUUGGACCACAACCAGCCAGGCGGACAGUGGCAUUAGUAACUGCAGAGGCCCAGCCUGGACAUACAGCGCUGCAGACAGGGGCCUCUCUGCCGGGUUCUGUGGAGAUGGACAGUCUUUUUGAAAAUAUGGCGCUCUCGGCCCUGCAGCCACUCCAGCCUCUGGGUCUGGGCAUCGGGAUGCCAGCAGUGGACAAAGGCCGUAACCCAGAGGUCUUCAGAGAGAGUCCCGGCUCUCUCCCGCAGCUCAACUUCAGCUGCCCCCAGUCGGAGUUAUUCAACCUACCAACAGGCUGGAGGACAGCACCUUUGUUACCAACACGCUUGCUGCAGCUCAGGCCUUUGUUUCCUGAGGACUGGUUUCGGUUCGCCUUGGGGCGCUUUGGGCCUGCUGUGCAGGGCGAGACCUCAGAGGACAUGACCAAGGCCCUGAAGGAGGAUGAAGCCUUGAAAGAAUUGUACGCACAGGUUUCACUUUCAUGUCUCAUCUCACUGGGGGCAGAGACCGCCUUCACGAGUCCCAGUUACGUCUACAGACUCUAUUGUGGAGAUAUACCAUGGACGGAAGGACUUGACUGGCUCUCCUCAAGUAAAGAACUUUACCAGCUCGCGCUUCGUGCUUUCAGGUUCAGUUUCAAGCUGCUGUUUGAUCAAGCAAGCCUAGGGCCCAUUGAGUCCCCUGAGGAAUUGUUCGGCACCUUGGAGGAAUAUGAAAGGAAUUGGUACAUUGGCCUAGUGACAGAAAAAGGUUGGCACGACAGUGUCCUUCAGGAGAAACCCUUCCUAUUCUCUCUAGGGCAUGACCUCGCUAUGGGUACCUACACAGGGCGGGUCCUGUCCCUGCAGGAACAGCUGGUGCAAGUGGGCCGUCUAAAUGGAGAGGGGGUGCGAGGCCAGUGGGCAAACCUUUCCUGGGAGCUCCUCUAUGCUACUAAUGAUGACGAGGAGCGUUACAGCAUCCAGGCUCACCCCUUCAUGCUAAGGAACCUAACUGUUCAGGCAGCUGAUCCCCCUCUAGGAUACCCAAUCUACUCCUCAGCCCCCCUUCACUUCCCCUGCCUCUGACCUGUGGCUUCUUCUGCCCUUUCUGCUGAACAUACUCUGGAGAGGGAAGAGGAUGCUUUUCAGUCGGUACCACCACAGCAAAAUGUCAAUUCCCGAAGUUACUGGUUUCUUGGAAAUUCACAGGGAAAAUAUAGCAAAGUCAAGAGAAAACAUUUGAAAAAACAAUUCAGGAGUUUUGUUUUUGAAAGCACUGACUCGCAUGAUUUCAGAAGAGAGUACUUUGUUUUUCACAUUAAUUUGACUUUUUUUGUGCUUCAUUUCCUGCAGCACAGAGGAAGAAGCAGUGGCAUCACCACUGUACUAUUGUACAUGUUAUAUCUUUUUAACAGAUUUGAACUGACAUUGUGGACUACCUCCUAGAACAGCACAUUAAAUAAAAUUUCCCUUUGAACAUUUGUAUCUUGAAAGAGUCCCCGAUCGGGUUCCAGCACACAAGUUUUGUGGGUUGUUUCUUAAUGUUUGUGCUUAAAACAAAAGUGAAUCAAUUUGCCCGUCUCCCCUCUAGAAGACACUUGCUGCCUCUGGUUUUAAUGUACCUUUUAGAUAAGUUUCAGGCAAUUCCCUUCCUUGUCCUCAAAAAUAGGACAAGAAUUUUAAUGUUUUGUUAAGAUAUCAAGGAUGUGCCUUGUGUAUGUCUUGCUGUAUGUGUAAUGUGUUUAGUGCUGUUGUUUUGUUUACAAUUCACUUGUUUACAAUUUAGAAUGAGUUAAAUGAAUUUUGUCCAUAGUCUCUUGUACAUAUUGUUGACUUUCAUAUGUGUAACUGUAUAUACUUAUAAUAAAAAAAGCUUGGAAGAA